AUGGGACAAUUUGAAGAAAGUUUAUUAAAUAAUCAACAUAAUAAUAUAAAUAAAAAAAUUCAAAUUCAAAUAGAUAAAGAUUCAGAAGAGUUUAAUUCAAAUCUUCCAUAUGAACUAUUUCCAUAUAUAAGCUCUCACGAUUACAGGGAGAUUGUAAAGCAGAUAAACCAUUACAAGAGGGGAUCACCAUUUUCAGUAUAUUAUCAUGGAGUUGGUUUUAUAUUAGUUGGUUUAUUAAUUUUCUCUAUAAUUUUUUUUAAAUCUUCCUCAUCAUUUAUGGUUAUUUUUUUCCCAAUUACAAUUGCUUUAAUGGCACUUCUUCAUAUUUUUAAUAUCAAAAGAGUUUACAAUAGAUAUAAUUUAGAAGUUUCUUUAUAUUUCGAAACUCUUCAUAGAUUAUAUGCAAAUUUAACAUUUACAGUUUUUUUUCAAAAAAAUGGCUUCCUCAACUCCAUUAAAGCAGUUCAAAUUACUUUUAGAAAUAGUACAUUAAUAACACCAACAUUAACAUCAACAUUUAUCUCACAAGUUGCACCACCAAGUAUAUACUGUCAAGAGCUUUUCUGUGGUUUCAAUUAUUUAACAUAUGAUAUUAAUCCUAAAGUUAUAUCACCAUCCUUAACCAUAUAUUACAAUAGCUCAACCCCAUUAAAUAAUAAUAAAAAUAACAAUAACAAUAUUAAUAGUUAUAAUAAUAGUUUAUAUAUUGAUAUUGAUAAUAAUUAUAAUAAUAAUAAUAAUAAUAAUAAUAAUAAUAAUAAUAAUAAUAACUAUCAAAUCAAUCCAAAUGAUUUAAUAAGUAAUACAACAACAAGACCUACUAUUGAACAAUUAUUAACUCCUUCAGAUGCAGAAACCCAAAUAUUAUCGACAUCAAACUUUACUUUUUAA